AUGUGCCCUACAUACCAAGAAAUUACCGAUUCAUCUUCUGACUUUUCUCCUAACUAUUCACCACCUGACUAUUCUUCUCCUCCCAGUGUAGAAUCUCAGAAUCGUCCAUUGCAGCUUUCUUUUAUCCUUCAAUUCAGUGGUGCAACAACAUCAAGAGGAGAUUCUGGUGCAUCAACAUCAAGAGGAGAUUCUGGUGCAUCAACAUCAACAGCAAGUAGAAAUGGAUUUCAUGGACCAACUGGUGCAUCAACAUGGAGGGAAAAUGGAUUUCAUGAACCAACUGGUGCACCAACAUCAACUGCACAUGGAUUUUCUGGACUAUCUGGUGCAUCAACAUUAAGUAGAAAUGGAUUUCAUGGACCAACUGGUGCAUCAACAUCAAAUGGAAAUGGAUUUUAUGGGCCAGCUGGUGCAGCAGCUAUUGUGCUUGUAAAAGAUGUUGACGACAGUGAUGAACAUGCAGUUGUGUUGCACCGAUUUCGCCUAGGGUUGGGAAAUCAAACAAUUAGCGUUGCUGAGUAUAGAGGAUUAAUUUUAGGACUGACCGAAUUGUUAAGGAGAGGAUAUACGGAUAUCGCUGUGCAAGGAAACUCUGAACUUGUCAUCAAUCAGUUUCGAGGUUUGUGGGUAAUCGACGACCCGGAACUAAGGAGGUUAUGUGAUGAGGCUUUGGAGCUGCGUACUAACUUUGGAUCAUUUUCCAUCAAUCACAUUGAUGAGAACUUAAGCCGUGCAGUUAAUGAUGAAGCAGUCCGGGCCCUUUCUCUCGCAGAUGGUCAAGUUGAAGAAGAACCACAACCAUAA